GGAUCGCCGCCCGUCAAAGCACCCAGUGAUCACUUCAAUCCAAUCUGCAAAUACGAUAAGAAGUCGUAUCUCAGUUGAUGAAAUCAACGAUGAAAAUAGGGUCUGAUUAAGAUGGAUCGAUGAAUUUGGGCCUUACGCUGAAUAUUGACAUAAGUACAUGCGAGUACUUGUGUUACUUCUACCCAGUUUACUUUAGGCAUGUCUAGAAAACUGAAGAAGUAUCAGGCGGUACUGUGGUUAGUUUUAUCAGCUACUUUUUCAAAAAGCCAUGUGUUCGACUCCGGGCUAAAGGCCUUAACGGAGAAUUUUUCAAAAGAACGCAUUUUCACAGUGUUCCCACAUUCAUGUAGGGGCCAUAAAGAUACCGACGCGCAGUGCGCCUGAGCUGGGGCCAGGCCGAAAGUCGCUACAAAGGCUCGAUCACCGAAUUAAGGGUGCAUGCAGGAAUUAUGCGAAGUAUAUGUAUGAACUCGGAUGCGAAAUCGACAGUUAUGUUGGGGCAUCAGACGAUUUCGUGACUGAAGUUAGUCAUAUAGAGGCAUCACGGACUAAAUGCGAUGUAUCAAAGUAAUACUGUGCCAGGAUCCAAGGACAAAUUACGCUAUUGCAUGAAUGGCCGAUUCUGAUGCAAGGAACAAUCGGCGGCAGCAGCAGACGAUGUCAAAAUUCUUGCACCAAGAAUACAACUUUGGCAAUGCUCGUUACCGCAGACGUUUACAGUGACGAUCAGUGCACGUGGACGCCAGCGACGAGCCUGAGUAGAGCGAAAAGCCCCGCUAGCCGAGGGCGUCUCCUCGGACCGCGUAGGCAGUUACGCCUGCCACCAUUUCGCUGUCGGACUCUCGAAAAGACGCAUCGUAGUGCAACACUAUUCGAGGCUAACUGAAGGAAUAUCGUCGUUCGUAUUAUUAAGCAGCAACGCAAGGCGCUUUGAGGCCUACACGUCGUAGCCAUGGCUCGUACAAAGCAAACAGCUCGUAAGUCGACUGGAGGCAAGGCUCCUCGAAAGCAAUUGGCUACAAAGGCCGCUCGCAAGUCAGCACCUGCCACCGGCGGUGUGAAGAAGCCACACCGUUACAGACCAGGCACCGUUGCCCUUCGCGAAAUUCGUCGAUACCAAAAGUCCACCGAGCUCCUUAUUAGAAAGCUUCCCUUCCAGCGACUGGUACGCGAAAUCGCUCAGGAUUUCAAGACGGAUCUCAGGUUUCAGUCGUCCGCCGUCAUGGCACUGCAGGAAGCCGCCGAAGCCUACCUCGUUGGCCUGUUUGAAGAUACAAAUCUAUGUGCUAUUCACGCCAAACGGGUUACCAUAAUGCCCAAAGACAUCCAACUAGCGCGGCGAAUCCGUGGCGAACGCGCCUAAGUAUUUAGUGCAGGUGGCGGUGUUCCCGAGUCGACGAACCCCUGGGCGAUCGUUUACAACCUCAACCCCCGAUCAGGAUGAAGGUACACGUCGGGGCAAACAAAUCUAGAAAUGAGCGGCAUGUGAGUAGGCAUUGUAUCCACAUGCUAACGGAAAGUAGCAAUGGCAAUAGCGAUUGCGGUAGAAAGCUAUUAAUUUCGUUAAAACUGUACAUAUUAUGGUAGAACCCAUUGAACAUGAAGGUGAUCGAAACAGGAAUACACAGACAGAAUGACAGCGAGAAAAACAUCGACCAGCAAAACAUUGCGUAACACCAAACCUCCCAUGCGAGCCACUUGUAUUGUGUAACGCUGAUAAUCGGAAACGUUAAACUGAAUAUAAUUAAUGGACUGGGAGUGACGUCAAUUGUGUAUAGGAGCGCCUUGCUUUAUGCUUCGAACACUUUAAAUAAACGAAAAAUUUUACGCGACGAA